CUCGCGCGCUCCGCCCGGCCUGUCAGCCCUGGCUCCAGCCGCCGCGAGACCUUCCCGGAGACGCGCGCACAACGCGCGCCUGGGGCGCACCGCACACUCGCUCGCCGGCUCACUCUAGCGCACACGCUCGGUCCGGCGGGGCGGGAGCCGCGGACCAUUUUUGCAAGUGCUGGGCACCCGCUGUGACGCAGUGGGGCCACACACUCCGCAUUCUCCUUCCGGGAUUGAUUGCAUCUUUGAGGCGACGACGACCAGGGGCGAAGGUGGGCUCGGACAAGGACCCGGCUUGGGGCUCCCCCCGGCCGGGCCGCCUUCCCCGCACAGCCGCUCUCCGGGACGGGCGCCGGCCUCCGCAGAGUGGAAGAAAGAGGCGCGGCCGCGGGUGCAGCGCGGGGAGGAUGGGAACUCCGCGGUUUCCAGAUCUGUAACCUAGGGGGUGGAAAUCCUGAAUGUAGGAACUGCUGGUUUCUUUUGCGGGAGAGAGAGAACCCUCUAGAAGAACUCAGAUUUGGCUACUUUGACCAGUGCGUGGGGGGGGGGUGUUCAUGACGUGGCAAGGGGGGAGGAAUAAACAUCCUCGCAUCUCCCUGUGAACUGCAAACUGUCACCAAGCAAGGAGGAAAAAAAAUGCUACCUCUGUAUAUUUCAGUUCCACACCCAGGGUUAUAAGCAUCUGUAUCAUAAACUUACUUCUAUGCCUUGUGUCCUGUACAGCAGAAAGCAGAGGAGUCCUGUUUGGGCACCCAUCAUUAUCCAGGACGCCCACCGCCUGCGGCCUGCCUUCCUUUACCCAAGUCCCUUUGGAACGGAUAUCUUCUUGGGACACCAUAGUCUAUCCUAUACAACUGUAGCCAAAUCGCCUGAAUGUUUUUGCUAAUUCUGGGGCGUAACCCCCAGAACCUACCUGAGGGGAUGGGAUUUAGUUUAAAUUCUUCCGAGGAAAUAACAUGUGAAGGAUUUUUUUUAAAACCUUAAAAAAAAAAAAUCCUGUGCAGCAGGAUUUGAUAGGCUCAGCCACAUUACAGGUAAGAACUUUCUCUUCCUAGUCCCUUAAAACGCCCCACGCAGGGAAGUCCAAAGCGGGGCAUAGCUCUGGAGGAAGGAGAGUCCAGGGACCCUGGGCUCCAAGGCCCUCGACCAAGCGGCUCUUGAGAAAGAGGCACAGCCCUUGCUCCUGGACCACUGGACAGCGGCCAGAGAAGCUUCUGGGGCGCGUGUGGUGAGGCGGCGCUUCGCUCUACCUGCCUUGCCCUGGACACAGCCUCCUGGGGACCACCCCGAGUCAAUAUUUGGGGUUUUUUUAAAUAAGCCCAGGAAUGGGAUUUUCAAUUCAGAACCCAGCUUCUCUAGGCAAGAUGCUGUUGGGAUGGUCCUGACCACACUAUUAUAAAGCGACCCAUCACUAAGAGGAGGAGAAAAACCCGUGAGACAUGCCUGCCUUGCUAUUAGGAAUGGACCAGAGACUGAGUAACACGGGCUACUGAUCGCCGGUGCCUAGCUGGACCCUCCUUCCCUAUCGCUUGCCACCCUCACCCCAACCCCCACCAAGGCAGGCUUGGGUGGCGACCCGGACCUGGCAUCCCAGCAUCGUGGCCGGGGCUGCGUUUUUCAUGAGCCCGGAGUGAACAGGUGCGAAGUGCGCCGGGAGCCUCCGGCCGGCGGCCAGCGCGGAGGACAUGGAGAGCGAGCGCGAUAUGUACCGGCAGUUCCAGGAUUGGUGCCUCCGGACUUACGGGGACUCGGGCAAGACCAAGACAGUGACCCGUAAAAAAUACGAGCGGAUCGUCCAGCUCCUCAAUGGCUCCGAGUCCAGCUCCACGGACAACGCCAAAUUUAAAUUCUGGGUCAAAUCGAAGGGCUUCCAGCUGGGCCAGCCGGACGAGGUCCGCGGGGGUGGCGGGGGCGCCAAGCAGGUGCUCUACGUGCCGGUCAAGACCACGGAUGGCAUAGGAGUGGAUGAGAAACUGUCUCUACGACGGGUAGCUGUAGUUGAAGAUUUCUUUGACAUUAUCUAUUCCAUGCAUGUGGAAACAGGGCCAAAUGGAGAACAGAUUCGGAAACAUGCUGGACAGAAGAGAACUUACAAAGCAAUUUCAGAAAGCUAUGCCUUCCUACCAAGAGAAGCGGUGACACGAUUUCUAAUGAGCUGCUCAGAAUGCCAGAAAAGAAUGCAUUUAAACCCAGAUGGAACAGAUCAUAAAGAUAAUGGAAAACCCCCCACUUUGGUGACCAGUAUGAUUGACUACAACAUGCCAAUUACCAUGGCCUAUAUGAAGCACAUGAAACUGCAGCUGUUAAACUCACAACAAGAUGAGGAUGAAAGUUCAAUAGAAAGUGACGAGUUUGAUAUGAGCGAUUCAACACGGCUGUCUGCUGUGAAUUCUGAUCUUAGCUCCAAUCUUGAGGAAAGAAUGCCAAGUCCCCAGACACUUCAUGGACAACAAGAUGAUGAUUCUGCUGCAGAGAGCUUUAAUGGCAAUGAGACUCUGGGGCACAGUUCAGUUGCUUCUGGGGGAACACACAUCAGGGAGAUGUGUGACUCCAACGGUGAUGGCAAAACUGAACUGGAGCAGGAUGAGCGGCCACUGAACCUGAGUGACAGUCCCCUCUCAGCACAGCUGACUUCGGAAUACAGAAUAGAUGACCACAGCGGUAAUGGAAAAAGUAAAUACAAGAAUCUUCUAAUUUCUGACCUCAAGAUGGAACGAGAGGCGAGAGAAAAUGGAAGCAAGUCUCCUGCACACAGCUACUCAAGCUACGACUCAGGCAAAAAUGAGAGUGUAGACCGGGGUGCUGAGGACCUGUCUCUGAACAGGGGGGACGAGGAUGAAGACGACCACGAUGACCACGAGGAUUCAGAGAAAGUGAACGAAACAGAUGGCGUGGAGGCGGAGCGACUAAAAGCUUUUAAUAUGUUUGUCAGGCUGUUUGUAGAUGAAAACUUGGACCGAAUGGUCCCAAUCUCUAAGCAGCCCAAAGAAAAGAUCCAGGCUAUCAUUGACUCAUGCAGGCGACAAUUCCCUGAGUAUCAAGAGCGUGCCAGAAAACGUAUACGUACUUACCUCAAGUCCUGCAGGCGGAUGAAAAGAAGUGGUUUUGAGAUGUCUCGACCUAUUCCUUCCCACCUUACUUCAGCAGUUGCAGAGAGUAUCUUGGCUUCAGCCUGUGAGAGUGAGAGUAGAAAUGCUGCCAAGAGGAUGCGUCUGGAUAGACAACAGGAUGAGUCUACUCCAGGCGACAAACAGUGUAAACCAGAGGCACCCCAGGCUACUUACUCAACCUCAGCUGCUUCAGGCUCCCAGGAGGUGUUAUACAUCAACGGAAAUGGAACCUACAGUUACCACAGUUACAGAGGGUUAGGAGGGGGACUGCUAAAUCUGAAUGAUGCUUCCAGUAGUGGACCCACUGAUCUCAGCAUGAAGAGGCAGUUGGCAACUAGCUCAGGAUCUGCCAGCAGUUCAAGCUCCAGACCUCAGCUGAGUCCAACAGAAAUCAAUGCUGUGAGACAGCUCGUUGCAGGAUACCGAGAAUCAGCUGCAUUUUUAUUACGUUCUGCAGAUGAACUGGAAAACCUUAUUUUGCAACAGAACUGAGUGUCAAAUGGUGACCAGAUUCACUGAGGUCUAAAUUUGCAGUUUCCACUAAUGGCAUUUUGAUUUCCCAGCAGAGAUGCUGAUGGUCUGUCUUACUGCAGUCUUUUAAGAGAAAUAGUUCCAUUAAUACCACAUUGUCCUUGAUCCAUAAAGUGAUGUCUUACGGUGCUUCAAAGGAACUUUGCCCUCUGAAGUACAUGAGAUUUCAAUGUGUCCAGCCUAUUGCUUUUUGUUUUAGUGUGUCAGCAUAAAUAUAUUGGGGCAAAAAGGCUGUAUAUUCCAAAUUCAAGGAUAAAACAGAAGAAGCUGGUGGUAUAAAGAGUAAUUCAAGAUCCAGCUGAAAUAUUGGUGGAAUUUGCUAUUGACUCAUAGAAGUGAAAGCUGCAGUAUCUGACAAAAAAAAAAAAAAGCCAAAAUUCUUGUUGCUACAGGAUAUAACAAGAAAAGGAUCGUGUAUUUUAAAAACAGAUGUAAUUUUUAUAAAAAGACAACUUGAUUUUCAUUCAAAAUUGUCAUUUUUACUUUGGUAACUUUUUCAUAGGUCCUAUAAAAGAACUGUUUUGAGAAACUACUGUAAGUACCUACUCUCCUCUUUCCACAUUCUUUCUACAAAACAAGUGACACCUGAUGCUGGAGAAAAAAAAAAACACCUUGCCUACUUCUUUAAAUCAUCACAUCAGAAACUACUGACAAGAGAAGCCUGCGAUUCAAACUCAUUGUGAUCUCAAGCAUCCCACUCCACACUGCAGUUUCCCCAUAGCUGUUUUCAAAAUCGUUUGAGUAUCAGAAAAAGACAGCUAGUCACACUUUUGUUUCGUGUAUCUGCUCACUCUGGAUUGCCGCUACAAUCCAAGGCAUCCUUCUAGCAGCAAUUGGAUGUAGAUGACUGAAUGUUAAGAAGUUGCAAGUGACAAUCUGAAAAUAAGCACUCUGAUGUGUGAUUUUCUUUUUUCAGUUUUUCUCUUUCAGAAAUAGUUUCCAAGAAGACCAUUACCUCUCCUGAUAUUAUUUGUAUAAUUUAUAGUUUUAGAUAAAAAUGAUGUAAAAAAAACAAACAAACAAAAAAACCUCUCAGUGGAGGCAGCUGCAACAUACUUAACUGUCCCUUCUGGUUCCUAUAUUUUGCCCUUAUUUUAUAGUGUUGAAUACACACAGGUGUUUUCUUUGUGCACUAAGGCAAGCCUAUUUUUUAAAUAUUUAGAAAGAAGUACAACAGUUUAUGCUUCUUGUACAACUUUUGUUGUUUCACUUUGAUUCGAUUACAGAUUCUGCAUUCCUGAACUUGCCUUAUUUCAUGUAAAAUCUGUCAUUCAGUUUUUCAUAAUGAGUUUAAGGCAUCAGUGGUAUUUCUUACCUACUUGUUACAUAUAGUUUUUCAAGUAAUGACUGUGAUUGUGACCAAGUAAUGUGCACUUUUUUCUUGUAACUGUGGACAUUGCUAUGCUUUUUCUUCUAGUGUUUCUAGAAUUACUGUUCCUUGCAGUUAUGUAAAAACAAAAAAAAAAACCUUUUGUGAUACUGUUGGUGAAUAUAAUGUGAAGAUCUUAUUUAAAUAUGAGUAUUUUGGAAAUACAUAGAUGCACAAACAUC